GAAAUGUCAAACCUAUAUGUUUUGCUUAUCACCGAGUGUACCGUAAUUGGUGUUUACGAAACCAGACUAGUGGCUGUUUACUGUUUAAUCCUCGAAAAUGAAUAACUUUUGAAAUAUUACGGAAAUACUGGUUUCGGAGUGUCAUUUAAGGCGAGAUAUGAGUGCUUGAUGUGAAAGAAAUCAACAUUUAACUGAGCGUAAGACACACCCUAAUUCAAGAUGGCUGAAGCGGUAAAGGUAAUUGUGAGAUGUCGCCCUCUCAACGCGAGGGAGAAGAGUCUUAACUGCAAAACGGUUGUGAAGAUGGACGGCGGGCGUGGAUUCUGCGAGAUCUUCAAACCCAACUCCAAGGAUCCUUCCAAGUCCUUCACGUUUGAUGGUGCUUACUUUGUUGACUCCACAACGGAACAGAUCUAUGGAGAUAUCGCAUACCCAUUGGUUGAUGGUGUAUUGGAAGGUUAUAAUGGAACUAUAUUUGCUUACGGUCAAACUGGAUGUGGAAAGUCAUUUAGUAUGCAGGGCAUCACAGACCCUGCGACCCAGCGGGGUAUCAUACCAAGAGCAUUUGAGCAUAUCUUUGAGAAUAUUCAGGUUGCUGAGGGUUUGAAGUACCUGGUGAGGGCGUCCUAUCUUGAGAUCUACAAUGAAGAGAUCAGGGAUCUCCUUGGAAAGGAUGCCAAAGCUCGUCUGGAACUCAAAGAACAUCCUGAUAGGGGUGUCUAUGUCAAAGACCUGACCAUGCAUAUUGUGCACAAUACCCGCGAGUGUGAACAGAUCAUGGAACUGGGAUGGAAGAACCGUUCUGUGGGAUCUACGUUAAUGAAUGCAGACUCGUCGCGUUCACAUUCCAUAUUCACCAUUCAUAUAGAGAUGUGUGAGGUGGACGAUGCCGGGGAAGACCGCAUCAGGGCGGGGAAACUCAACCUGGUCGAUUUGGCUGGUAGCGAGAGGCAGGCCAAAACUGGUGCGACUGGUGACAGACUGAAGGAAGCGACUAAGAUUAACCUCUCCCUCUCUGCAUUGGGAAACGUCAUUUCAGCGCUGGUAGAUGGCAAGUCUAAACACAUCCCCUACCGUGACUCCAAGCUUACCCGUCUUCUACAAGAUUCUCUUGGCGGCAACACCAAAACCCUGAUGGUGGCUUGUCUGUCCCCGGCCGACAACAACUAUGAUGAGACCCUAUCCACCCUCCGGUACGCUAACCGUGCCAAGAACAUCAAGAACAAGCCCAAGAUCAACGAGGAUCCGAAGGACGCCCUCUUGAGGCAGUAUCAGGAAGAAAUCAAGACGCUGAAACAGAUGUUGAUGGGACAGAUUCCUAUCCCUGCUGGAGGAUUUCCAGACAUGGAGUUGAUGGCUGGGGCUUUGGGCGGGGCCUUGACCAAGCCCCUCUCUCUCCCCCCACCCCAGACGGUACAAGCAUCUGAAUCCGCCCCCGCCCAGCAGGCCAGCCCAGAGGACAUCAAUGUCGUGAAGGAUCAAAUCCAAAAGGAUUAUCAAGCCCAGCUGGAGGAAAUGAAGGCUAUGUAUGAGCAAGAACAGAUGUCUAAGGCUAAGCUUCAGCAGGAUAUGGACCAGCUCAAAUCCCUCUAUGAUAACAAACUAGCCCAGGUCUCAGAACAAGGAGGGGAAGCCUCACCGUCAGAAGGAGGUCAGAAGGUCAUCACGUUAGAGAGGGUUCAACCUCCUCAAGAUGGCGAAGCUGUUGCUAGGUCAGAUACUUCAGGCAAGCCUGCUACUCAGGGAGAGGGCGUACCUCCCGAAGCAGAGCCAGCCGCCACUGAAGAUGAGGGACCGUCAGCACCCCGGUCCUCACCUAAGAUGCCCAGGAAGGACCAAGGGGGAGGCUUCCUGGAUCAAGAGGAGGCCAUGAAGAGAUUACAAGCCCUGGAGCAUGAGAUGGUUGGAGGAGAGAGAGCCACCGAUGAAGGUCUGAAGGAAAAGAGGAGGAAGAAGUUGAAACAUGCAGAGAUGAGGAAGCUAACCCUCGCUAAGGCCAUUGCCAAGAUGGAUGACGACGGUAUCAUGCUGAACAUCUAUAGCAGCAUUGAAGAUGAGCUUAAGGCUAAGAAUGAAUUGCUCAAGAAGGAGCAAGAAAAGUUGAGGGCAGCAGACUGUGAAAUCAGCGACUUGAAUGCCGAGUUUGAGUUUGAGCGUAUCGAUUACCUGGACACUAUACGCAAACAGGAGAAACAGGUCACCAUGCUACAACAGAUCCUUGACAAAGUGCAACCUUGUCUACGGAGAGACUGCAACUAUUACAAUCUGGAUAAGAUAAAAACAGAGUGUUCGUGGGAUGAAGAAGAUGGAAGCUGGAAGCUGCCGGACCUCAUCGUUGUACGAGAUAAACUCCCCAACUCUCUCCCCGGUGGAGCCAGCAUGCCGGGAGGAGUGAUGCCUGGAGGUCGACAACCGAUGCCUCAGAGAGGUCAACCCGAAAGGUCAAUACCAAAUAACAAUCGACCUCAGGUCAACGGAUACUCCAACGCCAACGGGAUCGGCCCAAGCGCUUAUGAUGAGCCAGAGGAGGAUCGAUAUCGACAGAAAUUGAACCAGUCUAAUCACGAUUCUGCAAUAGAUUAUUUCAAACCCAAGAGGGCCAACAAACUUCUAAACAACUCAGAUUCAAACAGGAAUUUAACUACUGACCUUCCGAUGCGAGGCCCAUCCCCUAAUUUCCUCACCAACAACGACAUGACCGCCGCAGCCGUCCACGGCCAGCUCGGUCCCUCCGACGUUCCCAUGAGACGACCCAUGCGGCUGGAAGCUCUCCCCACCGGAAAGUCCAAGAAGGGUAAGAAGAAGCACAACACUCUGGAGCCGCUGUAAGAGAGAAACUCGCUGUGCAAUCACCUAUGGUAUGCUACUGGACCCUGUUUCACAAAUUCAUCAGAGUAUGCUGCUGUUAUAAGCUACUAAAAUCCUGCAAUCUAAUUGGCCAAGAGCAUAUUAGAGAAAUUCAGCUUCAUGAAACAGUGCCAUCCAUGAUGGCAAAGGGGUAGUCUUUAGUACUCCAGCAAGCCAAUGCUGUCAGUCAUAUAUAUAGACUUGUGUAGAGCAGGAAAGCGUAUGCAUGGCUGAAAUGAAUCCAUAUUAAUGAAUUCAUUAGAAUAUUUACAUUAUAAGAAAUAGCAGUCAGCAAACCAAUGCUGUCAGUCAUAAAGAUUGACUUGUGUAGAACAGGAAAGCAUAUGCAUGGCUGAAAUUAAUUCAUAUUAAUGCUUUACCAUAUAAGAAAGUGUGCAUGAAGUUUAUGAUAUAUUGAUUAUACCAUGUGCAUGUGUGAUCAAUCAAGCUUCGCUCGCUUCACCUUAAAAAAAAAAAUCUGUAAUAGUUAUCUAUAAUCCUGUACCUUGUUUGAUCUAAUUACGAAUAUGGUAAUUUUGGUCAUGGAUAAUUCCCUUGUUAGGGAGAUAAUGAAUUACCACCAUGUUCUGGAUAUAAUGUGGUGUGGAACAAUGGGGUGGUUAGGGGCUCCAGCCCUCUUCCCCUGCCAGGGGCUUUUUAGCAGGUCCCUUUAAUCCAAGCUGAGUCAAAACAUUUCUUGGAUAGUGCUGCUGUUGAGUUUUGAUAACAAAUACGGCACUUCAACAAAACUUAUUGAGAACCCCUGGUAUUGACAAUCAAGACUUUAGAAAUCAUUAAUGGAAAAAAUCAGUCAUGGGAAAGUUCUUCAACAAAGAUAUAAAGAAGACGAAUGAUAUAGGCUUUUCUUAUUCCCUUGAGCAGACUUUUUCCAAAUUUUGGAGUGGCAGAACUAAAAGCACUCACUCAAAGAUUUAAAAUAUAUUAUUAGACUCUGUUUGCUUUAAAGGCUUCAAGUUGAUCUUUUUCUAAUUUAAAACUCGAACAAUGUUACUUAUAAAAAAACCCUAGACGAAUUCAUCCUAAGAGAUAAUCUCAGCAUUGGCUGCCGCUUUUGUCAUUGCCUUUAUGAGUGAUGCUGUGAGGUGAAACGUCGGCGAUAGAUACGUCUUAUGUGGAAGACUGCGGACAUGGCUGAAACAGUCACCGCCUAUACACUCUGUUCUUGCACAAGUUUUUAUUUUUUUUUAUGGACUAGGAUUCGCUGCAUGUUUUUCGCAAUGAAAAACUGCCGCCGGACAUUUGUCGAUAAAAGCAACAACAACUAACGCAAGACCAGAGUGUAUAGGCGGUCUUCAACAUUAUACGUAUUGCUUACAAUUUGUGUCACAGCAUCAGAUUUGUAAAAUCAAAGACAAAAGCUUCAGCCUCCGCCUCUUUCAUAGGCUACCAAAAGUGUUGCAUGAAAUCCAUCUUAAUCUUUAUUGAAUGUCUGCAGCUGUACCAUAAGCAUUGAUUAUGUUUCUUUGUUAGAAAAUACUGUCUUGAAGAACUUGAAUGUCUUUCUUUUACUUUUAUCAUGCAACUGCUCAUGGGUACUCAUGUGUAUUAAAUUCAAAUGCUUUAGACAUAUAUGGAUAUUAUUUAGAGUUAUGUACAUAAAUAUUAAGAUUGUUUUUUUUUUUGUAAAGUAUUUAUUAGAAUUUAACUGAUGCAUUCCUCUUCCUUUAAAGAUAUAAAUAUACUGUAUAUUAUCAUAUAUUGUCAUUAUUAUAUUUAGCCACAAAAUAUGUUGUAGAUCUGCAUGUGUGUAUUAAAUGUGUAUGAAAGUAACAAAGAUGUGUAAAUAAAAAAUAAAAAAUAAAAGUAUUAUGCGUUUCCUGAUGCCAAAGGGGGAAAAAGAGUGUAUUAUAUUCAAGAUGAUAUAUAAGUUCACUGAAUGCAGUGUCAAAUUAUUUCUUAAAAGCAAAACUUGACCUUUGACCUGCAGAGGCCAUCUAUCCAAGUAGAUUUUUCUGAUUACAUCUCCUUUUGAUUUUUAGCGGUGCUUGAGCCGAUAUUGAUAUGAAUUCAAACAUGGGAACUGUCGCUGGAAUUGCUUUGAAAAUAACGCUCAGGAUUCCGGCAUUGGCAUAUUUUGGGGAAAAAGUUGUACAUGUAUGCAUAUUAUCAUGAGUAGAGGAUGCCCAACACUUUUCUUGAAUGAAACACAGAUGUAGAAAUAAUUUUACACAAUUUACAAUCGCUCUAUAAGUUCUUAUAUUCACAGUGAAAGGAGACUAUAAAUUUUCAAAUUUGUACAUAUGGAAUUAUGCUAAUAUUGUGUAUAAAUAUAAAUUGAUGUUAUGUUUAUCUAACGCGCUGAAUCAUGUCUGUGCUUGAAUAUUUAAAGCUGUCUUAUUCCACCUUGUAAAAAGCAGAGAAUUAAACUAUUGACGUGUAAAGGUCCUCCGACGUAGUGUAUUCAAGAUUGAGCUAUUGAUGAAUAUUCAUUAGAAUUACAUGUACAUGUUUGUAUCAUUGAGCUAUGAGGGUAGUAAUGAAUAUUCAUAAGUAUAAUUGUUAACCUUUGAAGGUAUGAAUAUCCAUUAAUUUAUAAUGAAUUACCGGUACAUGUGUAUGUAUGUAAACCAUUUAUCCUAGUUUGGAAUAUUAAUGAGAAAUGCAAGUUUUUGUUCUUGAACUCUGAAAAGUCACACAUUUUUCAUUAGCUUUGUCACAUCCAGAAUAUAACUUGCAAUAUAAAGAUAUUCAUAAAUGUAUAUUAAUAUUUAAUUAAAUGAAACAUUGAUUUUUAUUACGUACAUCAUCACUUAAAAUUCGAUUAUUGCAAAUAAUGAAUAUUCACUGGACACAACUAAAGUAACUUAUUUACUUGAACCAUUGAAAUAUCCUAAUGGUCUCUACUU